AUGAAAAAGACUUUUUGUCUGCAAGUAUUUAUCAAAAGACUCCAUAGCCUGAUUCCCAGGGUCACUAAAGAUUGUGAAGAUGGGAUUCAGAUCAUAUUCCUUGAUUUCCCAGAAAUAACUAUAAAGCCACAACAUAUUGAUCCAUUCAACUCCAUGAAGGUGGGAAUUUCUUUCACGUUCAACACAUGUCAUAUAGCGGAGUUUUUAUACGAUGACGACAAGUUAAUGCGCUCAUUCCCUACGCGGUGCAACUGUAAGUUCAAGGGUAAUGAUAAUAUUCGUUGGAAGUGUAUGUGUCAAAUGAUUCAGAAAGAAAUUCCUGCAGCAUACGCAACGUGUCCAAUAAAGGAUCAAAUCACUGGUAAAACUGUAGGAUAUGUCGAAAUGACUUGUCGGGUGUUCGCUAAGGACGUGCCAAAAGAAAGAAGUCUAAAUCCAACGGACCAUGAAUUAGUUACACCUGUCAAAGUUCAAAGUAAGCCCUAUAUCGUGCGUGUUAUUGUGAAUAGAGUUGGGGAGAAAAAGACUGCUCUAGAUCUAGUGGAAAAGGAAUCACCAUCACAUACGAAAAAUCCUUCACAUAGCCACCAAAGUGAUGUCGACUGCGUAGCUAAGGUAAAUACUCUAUUGUGCACAUUGAGAUACAAUGUGGCAUACCAACUGCAGUCCAUAAGCGAAUUUAUUUCAAGAGCACUCAAACACGAUCAUGAAUGUCUUAAUAAGGUUCAACUAAGUAGAAACUCCAAGGACUUAGAAUCAGACAUUACAAAGAGUGUUGAAUACAUUGUAAAGCUAUGCAACAUUGUUCUGCAAAUUUCAAACCAACUUGCAGAAAAUGGGAACGCUUUAGAAACAACAGAACAUUUUCCAGUAGAGAUCGAGACCGCAUUAAGAAGGAAUCCUGUUAACAAGCUCCCCGUACCAACCAAAGGCAGCGUAGCACACUUUGCAAUGUACGAAGUUCUUUUCCAACUGCAAUAUGUUGGAGCGAAUCUAUCGUACGUUACCUUGGCCUAUCAUAAAGCUUUAGAGAUUCCCUUGGAUACUCUAUCAAAACAAGAUCAAACAUUUUGCCAUGAGCUCGAUCACACUAUACAGAUACUUAAUAAGCAAUUAAAUAUUCUUAUUCAAUCCACCGUGGAUGGCCGACUUGAAUCAACGACCUUUGCUUUGCCUGCAGUAGGCAAAAAGAACUCAAAUGCUGGUUCCAGCUCCAAUAUAUAUUCAUCCUCGGAUUUUUCUAAGUCAUCAUCCAGGCGGUAUAGUUCGUUUGAUAAAUCUUCGCUCAGAAGCACAAGCAAAUCAGAAGAAAGUUCGUCAACUUCACUAUCCAUGCAAACUACAGUCACACAGCGAGUCUCUUCGACACCGGUGCAAACUCAAAAGACGUCCAUUGCCGCUGAGGUCUUUACCUCAUCAGCAGCCCUAAAGGCAGCUGAGCUACAAGUAUGUCAACUUUCUGACUCAUUGGUGCCAAAUGCGCUUCCGUUGAGUAUACCUAACACACCCUCUGUAAUGCAAACCUCUAUCUCACAAACACGACCUUCAGAACCUGUUAAUAUACCCACCCUUCUCCCGUCUCCCUUCACAAUCGCCACAGUGGUUGAGUCACUGGUACAAAAGACUGCAACAACUGCAUCAUUUUUGGAUGUUGUGCCAGUUUCCCCUUUCUCGCCAACGCAGUUCGAACAAGGACUUCCUCGACAAAACCCAUCAAUGACUUCAAUCCCAGUGUCUGUCCCUAUUCCCCAUCCAGGAGGCUUUCCCCUCUCGGCUGGUGCGCGUUGGCCUAGUGCGGCCACGCUGCCCUCGAGGUCAACAGAUAGCUCGCAUUCAGAUUCGGUCUCUACCAGUAUUGACUAA